AGAAAAGAUAGAGCAUUUUGCUAUUUGCCCAAUUAUGUUUUUUUUUCUUGUCAUACAGCUUAAUUUCCCAUAAAACAAAGAGCCCUAAAACAAAUUGUUAUGCUGAUAGAAUAAAAUAUUAUCUGUUUAUCCUUGUAGUUGGAGGUCUUCCACUCCCACGACAUGCCGACUUGUUAAUCCCAGGCUGUCACUUAGCGAGCCUUGCGCUUUUGUCCGUCCAUUCAUUUUCUUCUUUUACAACAUACAACAAUACAAACACAUACACCACAUACGUGCGGUCUACGCGUGUAUGUAUACGUUCAGUAUUUUGGAUAUAGAUAGAUAUGCAUGAUGCAAAUAAAUUAAGCUGACAUGGAAUGGGCCAGAUAACAAAAUAAGGAUUUGGUCUAAUCAAUUAAAAAUCAAAUAAACAAAAAUAAACAAAAAAAGUAUGUUUUCACAACGUGUUUUCCAUAUAUUUAUUUGUUUAAAAUCUUAAAUUUUUCUGUUACGAAAAAAAUCUUAACUUUUUUACAAACAUGUUGUUCUUAAAUCUUACUACACUUUCUUCUUCUUCAACGUGUAUCACAACCCCAACAUACAGUUUUAUAGAUAGUUAUUUUGUCUCAGUUAUAUUAUUAUUAUUUCUUCUGUUUUAUGAUUCUAGUUUUUUUUUCAUGAUAUCAAAUAAUUCUUUUAUGAUGUGAAAUAUUGUUCGCUCCCUUCUUUUAAUUUGUCUUUUUGACCAAAAAAAAACUUUUAAUUUGUUUCAAGAUACUUAUUUCCAAGGCCGACCCUAAUGAUGCACAAUGCAUGAUGCAUUAUUUAAUUCACAGUAGUAUUUAUAGUUCACCGUAGACGAAUCUAGUAAUCUAUAUAUAGAUUAUCUAGUUUAGAAAUCUACAACUACAACACAUGGUUUAGUUAAUUUCAUUUUCUCAAAAUUAAGUCUGAAUUCCGCGUAUAUAUUCCUAAUUAAAAGCAGUAAUCUUUUUCUAGUUUAGAAAAUACUAAAUUUUUGGCAAUAACAAAAGCGUUUCAUUAUUAAAUUCAAUUAUACUAAUAGUCUACUACUAAUUAAAUGUAAUAUAUACGAGUAUAAUAAAUUACUAGAUUUUGACCCGCGCUUGGAAAGCGCGGAUUUGUUUUCAAAAUUAAAUAUAUUUUUUAAAUGAAUUUUUAUAUAAGAUAAGUUAAAGGUUAGAGCAUAUUUUUCGGAAUCGCGAACUGAACAGUAUCAAACUGAAGUCAUACUUCUCUGUAAGACAACUAAGUACCACCAACCAUUAGUUAGUCGUGGGUAUUGGUUAGUCUCGGUUGCUACCCUAAAACCAUUUCCAAUAAUUGGUUUCGAUGUUUCCUUUAAAAUUGAACUAUUUUCAAAAUUUUCUAAAGGAAAAAGGAAGUAAUAUUUUUUCUAAGAGAAAUUUCAGAGAUAGCCUUUUUAUUUUAUUUUUUCAGUAAAAGAACCAAUAAGAAAAAAAAAUGACCAAAAGAAGUUUUUGCAUUCUUUGAUUCUUCCUAAAUGGAAUCAAAAAAAUUUGAAAACAAUAUUUUCAUGCUCAAUGUUAACCUUUGGAAGUGAAUUUUCUCUACUAACUUCAAAUGGUAUUUCAAGAUCACGAAUAUCCUUAAUUUUCAUAUUAUGUAUAAUUAUACAAAUAUCAAUUAUACUAUGUAUCACAUAUAUAUUUUUCUAAAAACAAACUAACUAUUUCCCAAUUGAAAAUCGUGACUAGAAAGCUUCAAAAGCAUGUUUCAUACCAAAGUUUAGCAAAAAAAGGCAUGUUUCAUAUCUAUAUGGCAUACUUUUAAUAUAUUUAAUAUAUGCUUUGUAUUUUUAUUAUUUUAAAUUAAUUAGAUGAAAGUAAUAAUAUUAAAAUUUAAAAUUAGUUAGAUAAUUUUAACACAGGUCAUUUAUUUAAGAAAAAUUAAAAUUAAAGACCAGUUUAUCAUUAAAAUUAUUUUUCUGCGGAAGUAUUUUUUUCAAAUUUGAAAUAAUAAACAAAAUACCAUUAGCCCACUUGAACAAAAUUUCUUUAAAAUGAAACAAAAAUGAAAAAUGAGACGAUAUCAAAGAUCUAAAUAUUUAUAAUAUACAUUAAUGCCUUAAUGGUAAAAGAAAAAAAAACAUUUCGUUGUUAACUAACUAUAUACAAAUGUUUUUGUAUUUUGAAAUUUGUUUUUAAUAUUAAUAUAUAUUACACUUAUCGGGGAAAACAACUCUAUACAAAUUUGAUGUGAGUUGUGUUUGUUAUUUAUGGUAAAGCUAGGAGUCAUCACAAGUUUAAACAUCUCUUAUAACCCUCACAUCUUAAUUUAAUAAUCUAUUUUUCAAAAAUAUCCAUAUUCUGAUCACACAACGGAUCAUACAUAGCUGUUUAAGAGAAAAAUAACUAUAUUGAAUAGUAAAUUCAUAAUCAUAUAUUUGAUUGUGUAAAGAAUCAAAUUUUUGUCGGCAAAUGAUAACUUAUGCCAAUACCAUCUCAUUACAACCAGACCACAACUCAUAGGUAAACAUUUUUUCUCAUCCAUAUAAAAUCAUAUAACUCUCGACCUCUGCUUCCCAUUAAACUCAAAACUUCAAACGCAAUGGCAACCAUUCAUCUAACUUUAGCUCGUCUCCUCAUCCUCGCCGCUGUCUUCCUCUCCACGGAGAUAACUGCUCAGCCCGCCGCUCCAGCUCCUGGUCCUGCCGCUCCGACCAACAUCACGGCGAUCCUUGAAAAAGGCGGUCAAUUCGCUACUUUUAUCCAUCUUUUAAACACAACACGAGUCGGAGACCAAAUCAACAUCCAAGUCAACAGCUCAUCAGAAGGCAUGACCGUGUUUGCACCAACAGACAACGCUUUCCAAAACCUUAAACCAGGAACCCUAAACAAACUAAGCUACGACGACCAAGUGAAACUCAUCCUUUACCAUGUUAGUCCCAAGUUCUACACAUUGGAUGAUCUUCUCUCCGUAAGUAACCCUGUAAGGACUCAAGCUUCAGGACGAGACGGCGCGGUUUAUGGACUUAAUUUCACCAGUCAAGGGAACCAAGUCAACGUAUCAACCGGUUUCGUUGAAACACGUGUCAGUAAUGCAUUAAGAAAAGAACGUCCUCUUGCGGUUUACGUGGUGGACAUGGUAUUGUUGCCGGAAGAGAUGUUUGGAGAAAACAAGGUCUCGCCAGCGGCACCUGGUCCAAAAUCAAAUUCUCCUGAUGUCUCCGAUGACCAAGAGAAAGCAGGGGCUCCAUCGGAUAAGUCUGGCUCCGGUGAGAUGAAGGCUGGAUUAGGGUUGGCUCUUGGACUUGUUUUCUUAUGUUUGAAACUCGUCGUUUGAUUUGGGUUUCUAUAUGUUCUUUUUCUUAAUUUGUUUUUAUAUAUUUUAUUUUAUUGUGGAUUGUUAUAAAAGAAAUUUUGUUGGAUAUGAUGCAUGGAUUGAAAACUGAAAUAAGAGGUUAUAUUUCAAAUUGUGCGUAUAUGAUUAUAGAACUUUUGCUGUUAAUUUGAUCUUAAAAUCGAAAGAAAAUCGUUCCAAUUAAAUUAAUUUGAAAACAGAGUAAAACAAAACGAGAAGAAUCUCACAGUUCAUAACAAACGACUCCUGAACAUUAUUAUGUUUAGAACUUUAAGUGUCACCAAUAAAAGAAUAAUAAGAACGAAAAGAAAAAAAGAAAAAAAGAAAAAAA